AGUUUAUCUGGAUCAUUUCAAAUUGAUUACGACAAUGACUGUUUCCGAAAGGAUGGCAAAAAGUUUCGUUACAUUUCGGGGAGCAUACACUACUCUCGUGUACCUCGUUACUACUGGAAGGACCGUCUUCUGAAAAUGUAUAUGGCGGGACUGAAUGCAAUUCAAACGUAUGUACCAUGGAAUUAUCAUGAGACCAUACCUGGCAAAUAUGACUUCACUGGAAAUAGAGAUUUGGAAUCCUUUUUAAAGAUAUGCAAUGAUAUUGGGUUGCUGGUCAUCUUACGAGCUGGGCCCUUUAUUUGUGCAGAAUGGGACAUGGGUGGUCUUCCUGCCUGGCUGCUACAGAAGAAGUCAGUUGUCCUUCGAUCUUCAGAUCCAGAUUAUCUCCGGUUUGUUCAUAAGUGGAUGGAUGUUCUGCUACCCAAGAUCAAACCGUUUUUGUAUCAGAACAACGGACCAAUUAUUGCUGUACAGGUGGAGAAUGAAUAUGGUAGCUACUUUGCUUGUGACUACGACUACCUACGAUACCUCCUGAAGCUCUUUCGGUACCAUCUGGGAGAUGAAGUAGUUCUGUUUACAACAGAUGGAGCAGGCAAAGGUUACCUCAAGUGUGGCUCACUACAAGGGCUGUAUGCUACAGUGGAUUUUGGUCCAGGUGGAAAUAUUUCAAAAUUAUUUGAAGCUCAAAGAUAUGCAGAGCCUCAUGGGCCAAUGGUAAAUUCUGAGUUUUACACAGGAUGGUUGGAUCACUGGGGCAAGAAACACUCUGUGAUCAAAAAGGAGAUCGUUGCUAAAUCACUGGAUGAAAUCCUUGCUCUUGGAGCCAAUGUCAAUAUGUACAUGUUCGAAGGAGGAACGAACUUUGGCUACUGGAAUGGAGCAAACUCUCCCUAUUGGCCACAGCCAACGAGUUAUGACUAUGAUGCCCCUCUGUCAGAAGCAGGAGACCCGACUGACAAAUACUUCAGUGUCCGGCAAGUUAUUGGAAAGCACAAAACAUUACCUGCUGGUCCUGUACUUCCUGCCACCCCCAAAUAUGCGUAUGGGUUAAUACAAGUUAAAAAGUUGCAGAGUGUUACAGAAUUGGUUAACUUGCUGUCAUUCUCUGGCCCAGUCGAGUCUGUUUACCCACUGACGUUUGUGGAAAUGAAGCAGGUAAGAAUUUUAGAUAGUGUUACAG